GGGUAGGAGAAUUAGCAAUAAUAUUAUAAUUGCUCAAGAAAUUUCACAUUCUUUUGCCCUUAGUUCCUGGAAUCAUAAAGCCUUCAUGCUAAAAAUAGAUUUAGCCAAAGCUUUUGACAGAUUAGAGUGGAACUUCAUUGUUCAAGCGCUUACACGUAAAGGGCUGCAUGGUCAUUUCAUAAAUCUCAUUUAUGCUUGUGUCUCGUCACCGACCUUUUCGGUUGUCAUUAAUGGUCAAGCUUUUGCCAAGUUUAAAGGUGACAGGGGCAUACGACAAGGAUGUCCGUUAUCUCCGUACUUGUUUGUCCUUGCCAUAAAUGAAUUGUCAAUUGCUAUGCAGGAGGCUAUGGCUGCUAAUGAUUUUGCAGGUAUUAAAUUGGGACCAAACUGUCCACCCAUUCAUUCGUUGCUUUUUGCGGAUGAUCUUUUAGUAUGUGGACAAGCUACGGAACAGGAAGCGACAAAAAUGAAACAGGUGCUCCAGGAAUUCUGCAAUAGGUCGGGACAAACUCCAAAUUGGAUGAAAUCGGGAAUUCUAUUCAGUAUCAGAAAAGACGCAAAUUCCAGGAGUUUAUGCCUAAGGGCUUGGAAAGAUAUAUGUAUACCAAAAAAAGAAGGAGGCCUAGGUAUUAGAAAUUUGCAGGCUAUCAAUCAGGGCCUUAUUCUUAUGGCGGCUUGGAGACUUGCAAAUCAGCCACACAACUUCCUACACCAAGUCCUAAAAUCGAAAUAUUUUCCCAAUUCCUCACUUUGGCGCCCAAAUUCAAAUGCUCCCAAAUCAGCCUUUUGGGCCUCUAUCCUGAAAAUCUUGCCCAUUCUCAAAGCCCACACUUUCUACCAGCUCACUUUGGGCCAGAUUUCCAUUUGGAGCACACCUUGGUGUGAAGGAUGGGAUCAGAUUUAUGAUUCUUUGAUCAUACAACCAGAAAACUAUUCCUACCCAAGUCAGGUUAAAGAUCUGUGGAUUCCAGGGCAGAAAAUGUGGAAUGAACAGCUAAUUAACAUUUUAUUUCAGGAACAGAUGGCGCAAAGAAUCAGGAACACUCCAAUUAUAAAUGCGGAAGAGGAAGAUUGCCUUUGCUGGAAACUAACACCAACAGGUAAAUGCAAUUCCAAGAGUGCUUACAGAGUAUGUCUUGAGAAUUUAUUCGAAAAUGGGGAGCCAAGACCAAGACAGGUUAGUACAAAUACCAAACUCAUCUUGCAGUCAAUCUGGAAAAACAACAACUUAAUUCCCAGAAUUAAAACUUUUGGUUGGAGAAUUCUUAGUAAAGCUAUUUCUUCUGGAGCGAGAGCUGGGAAGUACAGUAAACACAUUAACAAAUAUUGUUGUAGAUGCAAUUUAGAGGAAACAGAUCAGCAUCUUUUCUUCCUGUGUAAUUAUGCUAGAGCUGCUUGGUUUAUGCAUCCUUGGUAUUUGAAAAUUGAUCAAGUCCAGUACAUGACUAAUGCGAUAAAACAAAAUCUGGAGUUACUUGACCCUUUACAGGUUGGAGUACAGGAGCCACAAACAAGAACAGGUACACAACAGGAUUUGACAAAUCAAGGAAGCACUAUUAGUUCAGAUUUGAGAAUUCAAGGAAGCAAAAUAUUCUCGGACGCGACCUGGAGGAAAAUAAAUACACCUGGUGCUCAAGGAAAUCCGAAGACAGGCUUAGGAGUGUACUGUCAAUUCACAAGAGAAUGCAGGGAAGAAACUGUGAUGAUUCAGGCCUCAACAAUCCAGCCGUCGUCUCCAAUUCUUGCUGAAGCUGCUGCCUUACUCCUCGCCUCAAACAUUGCAGCAAAGAUACAGGAGCAGGGGGUCACAUUCCUUACGGACAAUCUUACUCUGGCAAGAGCUGCGGCUGCCCAUUCGAUAGCGGACAAGCAAUGCCUGCCGGCGCAACAUCACCGUGUUGAGAAGGCACCUCCGGUGGCAGAGGAGGGACAAGCAUCUCCAGUUACGGAGGAUGAACAAUCUAUCCUGCCGACUUACCACCAUGAUGGCUCCUCGUACUCCGGUUGGUCCUCCUCUGAUAACUAA